AUGGCCGGAGAUCGGUAUCGGCCGAUUAUCACAUUUUGUGAUGUCAAACUUCAACGGCUGCCGUUCUACGAUGUUCUGGAUGAGCUCAUUAAACCUACGAGUCUUGCUUCAGAUAACAGCCAGAGGUUUCAGGAAACAUGUUUUGCAUUUGCAUUGACGCCACAGCAAGUCCAACAAGUCAGCAGCUCAAUGGACAUAUCGGGGACCAAAUGUGACUUUAUGGUGCAAGUACAGUUACGGUUUUGUCUAUCAGAGACAAGCUGCCCUCAGGAGGACCACUUCCCCCCUAAUCUUUGUGUUAAAGUCAAUGGGAAACCGUGUAAUCUCCCAGGAUAUCUGCCUCCUACCAAAAAUGGCGUGGAACCAAAGAGGCCCAGCAGACCCAUCAACAUUACCUCAUUGGUCAAACUUUCCACAACUGUCCCCAACACCAUUGUAGUGUCCUGGACCUCAGAAAUUGGACGGAGUUACUCUAUGGCAGUGUACCUGGUCAAACAGCUGUCAUCUACAAUGCUAUUGCAGAGGCUGCGGGCUAAAGGCAUCAGAAAUCCAGAUCACUCCAGAGCACUCAUAAAGGAAAAGUUAACAGCAGACCCUGACAGUGAAAUAGCAACCACCAGCCUAAGAGUUUCAUUAUUAUGUCCGCUGGGAAAGAUGCGGCUAAUGAUUCCGUGUCGGGCAUUUUCCCAGCUCUUUUCCAGAGAGUUGUUUAUGGAGAUUCUGAACAGCUGUUUAGAUUGUGAUGAAAUCCAGUUCAAAGAAGACGGUAGCUGGGCCCCCAUGAGGUCGAAAAAGGAAGUGCAAGAGGUGUCGGCUUCAUACAAUGGCAUUGAUGGCGGAUGUCGUACGUCAGUGUUGGAGCAGAACUCUCAAACAAAUGGCAACAGUGGAGGAAACAGCAAAAAAGUGGAGGUGAUUGAUUUGACUCUUGACAGCUCGUCUGAGGAAGAGGAAGAUGAAGAACCCCCUCAGAAGAAAAGCUGCCCCUCGCUAUCUAGUAUCUCUCCUCAGAUGGAUAAUGGGGUACUAAAUCUCCACAGACAAGCAUCUCCUGUGAGUCGGACUCCCAGCAUGCCUCAGGUGGAUACCAGUUACAUUCCCCCACCUCCUCCCCUUAUUCAGGACUACCGCCACUACUACUCUACGCCCGGUGACCUGUCAGAUCUCAGCUUUUUUCCUUUUUUACAAGAAGAGAAUCAUCAGCACUACAACAUGGUGAUGGCAGCAGCUGCAUCAGCAUCUGAAGAUCACGACCUCCUCCUGAGUCGUUUUCUCCCAUACGGCUCGUCUCAGCUCUUCCUGGACCCUCCCUCUACCCCUGUAAGCAACAGCCUCCCUCCCAUUAACGUCAACGGCAGCAGCACCGGCAGCAGCCUGGUGUCCUCCAGCAGCCUACGGGAAAGUCUCGGACAUCCACCCGCCCCCCGCCCCACCUCCGAAUCAGCCCCCACGUCUGCCAUCUACGGUCCCAUCCCAGACGUCAUCUCGUUAGACUGACCCAGGACCGAACCCUCGCACAGGAAACUGACUGAAGAGACUUCCAAACAUUGGGAAGAAAAGGGGACAUACAAGAUGACUGAAGGGUGUUUUUGUAAACGAUGAUAAUUGUUGCCGUGUACAGAGAACAAAUAUAUUUUUUGUUUUACUUUUGUAUAUACCUAUCUAUCUAGCUAUUUAAUGUAUAUGUAAACUUGAAAGAGUUUUUUCCCCCCUGGAUUGCUAAAAUUACUUUGGGUUUUAUCUCCUGGGAAACUGAGGCUCUUUUUCCUUCACAGCUUUGUCUCAACCCCUUUAACAUAAUAUGAACACUUUUUAUAUCCUUUACCCAUCAUAUUCUGUAGUCGUCUAUAUUUUGUCUGAUUCCAUAGGGCACAAUGGCUGCGUUCAGACUGUCAGUGGGACUCUUGGUUCUUUUCUCUUCCCAGCAAAACUUUUUUUUUGUCUUUGCCAGUCCAUACCAUAUCCCCUAAACAUGCAGGACUGUUUUAUAUAAUGCCUUUAAGGGAUAGUUCACCCAAAAAUGAACAUUCUGUCAUCAUUUA